UUAAGAAAUCUGAGCACGCUGGAAUACCUAUACUUGGAGGGAUCUUCCUUAAAUGACAACUUUCUGGCAAACAUUGGACAAAUGACUUCUCUUAAAGUAUUGAAUAUGCCUGGUGGUGGAAAUAAUGGCACCCUCCCUAAUCAAGGUUGGUGUGAACUCAAACAAAUUGAAGAGCUGGAUUUCUUAGACAAUAAUUAUGGGGGAACACUGCCUUCGUGUCUUGAAAACUUGACAUCACUUCGAUGGUUGUGUUUGGCUGGGAAUAACUUAGGCGGAAAUAUAGCAUCACAUUCUAUUUGGAGGAGACUCACAUCACUUGAGUACCUGCAUAUUGCAGAUAACCAAUUUGAAGUUCCUCUGUCAUUCAGCCAAUUUUCCAACCAUACAAAAUUGAUCUACUUGAAUGUUGGUUCUAAUACAAUAAUUACAGAUACCGAAUUCCAAAAUUGGAUCCCAAAUUUCCAGCUAGAGUUUUUUGCUAUCCGAAGAUGUAUAAACCUUCAAAAAUUGCCUUCUUUCCUUCACUACCAAUAUGACUUGAGGAUUCUUGCUAUUGAAGGAAAUCAAUUGUCAGGGAUCUUUCCAACAUGGUUGUUAGAAAAUAACACCAAACUUGCAGCGAUUUAUAGUAGAGAUAAUGCUUUCAACGGACCAUUCAAGUUGCCAUCGAGUCGUCACCUCCAUCUUCAGACGAUUGAUGUUUCUAAUAACAAAAUAAAUGGGCAUAUUCCAGAAAAUAUGAAUUCAGCAUUCCCAAAGCUUACUUUUUUGAACAUGUCACAAAAUUAUCUUGAAGGUCCUAUACCUUCCAAGAUUAGCGGCAUUCAUUUAAAAAUUCUAGACUCAUCUCUCAAUUUCUUGUCUGGAGAAGUUCCUGGUGAUCUGGCAAUUGGUUCUCCACAAUUGUUCUACCUUAGGUUGUCAAACAACAAACUUAAAGGAAAAAUAUUUUCGGACGAGUUCAGACCACAUAUAUUAUCCUUUUUGUAUUUGAAUGAUAAUAACUUUGAAGGUGCACUACCUAGUAACGUUUUUCUCAGCUCCCUUAUUACACUGGACGCUAGCAGGAAUAAUUUCUCCGGAGAAAUUCCAGGAUGCAUUAGGGAUAACAGAAGAUUGUUACAGCUUGAAUUGUCCAAAAAUCAUCUCCAAGGUUUGAUUCCAGUUGAGAUUUGCAAUUUGAAGAUUAUUAAUGUCUUAGCUAUAUCCGAAAACAGGCUUUCAGGAUUGAUACCUUCUUGUGUGAGUUCUUUACCUCUCAAACACAUCCAUCUAGAGAAAAAUCAAUUGGGUGGUGGACUGGAACAUGUACUUUUCAAUUUCUCUUCACUGAUAACUUUGGAUCUUCGCAACAACAAUUUUUCAGGAAAUAUCCCACACACCAUAGGCUCACUUAAUACUCUCAACUACCUUCUCCUUAGCAAUAACAAAUUUGAAGGGGAGAUUCCAACUCAGAUUUGUAUGUUGAACAAGUUAUCUAUUGUGGAUUUAUCUUUCAAUAAGAUUUAUGGUCCACUCCCUCCUUGUUUGGGUUACUUAACACAGACCAAAAAGGAUGCAGAGAUAAGUUGGACUUAUUAUGCUGAGACUUCUAGGGGUUCAUGGUUAAAUUUUGUGGUCUGGAUGCGUUCGAAAAGGCAUUACCACGAUAGUCAUGGAAUUCGAAGAGACAUGUUUGAUGGAUGUGGAAACUCAGGUCCAGUUUUCAACGAAAAGAAACUCAUACACUUAUAAGGGAAGAAAUCUAAAAUAUAUGUCGGGUAUUGAUCUCUCAAGUAAUAGAUUAACUGGUGAAAUUCCUGUUGAGUUAGGGAACAUGAGCAAUAUACAUGCAUUGAAUCUAUCGCACAACCAUCUCAUCGGAAGAAUACCAAAUACCUUCUCCAAUCUACAGGAAAUCGAGAGUUUAGACCUUUCCUGCAACAGAUUGAAUGGGAGCAUUCCUGUUGGUCUACUUGAGCUAAAUUCGUUGGCAGUAUUCAGUGUUGCAUACAACAACUUAUCGGGUGCAGUGCCUGAUUUUAAAGCUCAAUUUGGAACUUUCAACAAAAGCAGCUACGAGGGAAAUCCUUUUCUUUGCGGUUAUCCAUUAGACAACAAGUGUGGGAUGAGUCCUAA